AGGAAGAAGACGAUCGACAUUGGAACUAUUGAAGUAUGGAGUUAGAACACCAAACCAUGGAAACGUUCCUGCGUUGGGCAGCAGAUAUUGGCAUUUCAGACUCCAUUGAUUCUUCUCGAUGUAGCGAUUCAUGUCUCGGUCAUUCCCUCUCCGUCGCCGACUUCCCUCUCGCCGGCGGGAGAGGUUUAAGAGCAGUUCGUGAGCUCAGGAAAGGAGAAUUGGUUUUGAAAGUCCCGAGAAACGCGUUGAUGACUACAGAAUCCAUGGUCGCUAAUGAUCAGAAAUUGAACGAUGCUGUUAAUCUCCAUGGAUCGCUUUCUUCGACCCAGAUACUAAGUGUGUGCCUGUUAUAUGAAAUGAGCAAGGGGAAGAAGUCUUUUUGGUACCCUUACUUGGUGCAUUUACCUCGUGACUAUGACCUCUUGGCUACAUUUGGGGAAUUCGAGAAGCAAGCUUUACAAGUGGAAGAUGCUGUUUGGGUUACAGAGAAAGCCACAGCCAAGUGUCAGUCUGAGUGGAAGGAAGCUGGUACGCUGAUGAAGGAGUUGGAUCUCAAGCCAAAGUUUCAGAGUUUCCAAGCAUGGCUCUGGGCUUCUGCAACAAUAUCUUCAAGGACGCUGCAUAUACCAUGGGAUAGUGCUGGUUGUUUGUGUCCUGCGGGGGACUUGUUUAACUACGAUGCUCCUGGGGAUGAUUUGAAUUACUCAGAAGGUCCUGAGAGUGCGAUUCAGACGUCAUCCCCUCAACCUGCUUCAAUUACUAAUCUCGAGUGUCGGAAUAAUGAGGAGGAAGCAGGACUCAAUGUUGAGAUACAGUCUGAAAGGCUCACAGAUGGUGGAUUCGAGGAAGAUGCCAAUGCUUAUUGUCUAUAUGCAAGAAGGAAUUAUCAGCUAGGAGAACAGGUUCUUCUAUGUUAUGGGACUUACACAAAUCUUGAGCUUCUUGAGCACUAUGGGUUUAUGUUAGAAGAGAACUCAAAUGACAAGGUCUUCAUACCUCUAGAAACCAGCCUUUAUUCUCUAGCUUCUUCAUGGCCUAAAGAUUCUUUAUACAUUCAUCAAGACGGUAAGCCAUCGUUUGCGCUUGUAUCAACGUUGAGACUGUGGCUGGUCCCACAGAGCCAGCGUGACAAGUCGGUAAUGCGUCUUGUUUAUGCUGGAUCUCAGAUAUCUGUGAAGAAUGAGAUUCUAGUCAUGAAGUGGAUGUCAGAGAAAUGUGGAAGUGUUUUAAGGAAUCUGCCAACUUCUGUCUCAGAGGACAAUCUGCUUCUUCAUAACAUUGACAAGCUCCAAGAUCCCAAAAUACGUCUGGAGCAGAAAGAAACUGAGGCUUUUGGCAGUGAAAUGCGCGCCUUUCUCGAUGUGAAUCGUUUGUGGGAUGUUAUUGGAUUUAGUGGGAAAGAUGUAGAAUUCCCCAGGAGAACUAACAGGAUGAUGAGCAAAUGGAGAUUAUCCGUGCAAUGGAGGCUAAGCUACAAGAGAACUCUGGCAGAUUGCAUCUAUUAUUGUAAUGAAAAAAUGAACAACCUCUUAGGUACGCUGAGGUAGGACUAAAGAUUUGUAACGUGAAUCGAAAAUUGAUCUUUUCUAAGAUAUCAAUGCUAAAAAAGCGAUUUUCUGAGUUA